AUGGAGGAUAGAGAGAAAUUGCGCCGGCAGCUGGAGGAGCAGAUAGCAGCAACAGAGCGGCAGCUCUGCCAGCUGAAGCAGGAACUUGCAGAUCUAGAUGCUCAGUGUCCCGCACCACAGCCGCCGGAAGCAACUUCAAGGGACAGGCCAACAGGCCCAUGGCCUCUGCUCCAGGAUGAGUAUAGGAGAUAUGGAAGGCAGAUGAUAGUCGAGCAGAUUGGGUUGCCUGGCCAACUUCGGCUACGGAAAUCAGCUGUGCUCAUCGUUGGGGCAGGCGGGCUAGGCUGUCCAGCAGCCUUAUACCUUGCCGGCGCUGGGGUUGGAAGACUAGGGAUCAUAGAUGGCGACCAGGUCGAGAGCUCAAACCUGCACCGCCAGGUCCUACAUCGCACAGGUAACACGGGGAAGUAUAAAGUUAACAGCGCAAUCGAAUAUCUACAGGAACUGAACCCUCACCCUACUUACACACCGUUUCAAACCCAUCUCUCCCCACAAAACGCGCCAGAUAUAUUCGCCCAGUUUGAUGUCAUACUAGACUGCACUGAUAACCCGGCAACCCGGUAUCUCAUUUCAGACACUGCAGUAUUGCUUGGGAAAACGGUUGUGUCCGCUUCGGCGCUGCGAACAGAGGGACAGCUGAUGAUACUCAACCAUCCUCCCCGUUCACCAGGCGAUAAAUCGGGAGGCCCAUGCUACCGCUGUGUCUUUCCAACUCCUCCUCCCGCAGAUAGCGUCACGAGCUGUGCAGACGGAGGGAUAAUCGGGCCAGUGGUUGGCGUUAUGGGAGUUAUGCAGGCACUUGAGACGAUACGGGUGAUAACCAGCAUGUCUGAGGAGGGCAAGCCAAGCACUGAAGCCAUUGUCCCGUCUCUCCAUCUGUUUUCCGCUUAUUCCACGCCGCCAUUUCGUACUAUUCGGCUGCGUCCACGACGAGCGAAGUGUGCUGCAUGCGGAACAGAGCCGUCGGUCUCACUCGAAUCCCUCAAAAGCGGAUCCAUGGAUUAUGUCCAGUUCUGUGGCUCGCUCAACCCGGUGUCCAGCCUAAUGCCGAAUGAACGGCUCAGCGCUAGAGAUUACAAGGCAUGGCUUGAUAGUCACAAAAACGACGACAAGGACAAGGGUAUCCUACUCGAUGCACGCGAACGGAUCCAGUAUGAUAUAUGUGCGUUGCCCGGAAGCAUAUGCGUGCCCAUAUCAGACGUCCUAAGAUCGUCUAGAUCACCUGAAGCAGCAAAUGGGAAGCUUCCGGCAUGGCUUCCCGCGAGUAUCAUCGACAGCGAUACCGCAACCCCUAUCCACGUGGUUUGCCGCCAGGGCAACGACUCUCAGGCUGCAGUUAAGAUACUGAAGGAGCUUGGCCUCGGUCAAGAUGGUAACCGUUUUAUCGGCGAUAUCCGGGGUGGCUUAGACUCAUGGAGAAGAGACGUUGACCCCCAGUUUCCAGAUUAUUAA